UGCAAUUGGAAGGAGGGAGACUGGUGAAGUUCGUGGAUGAGCUUGAUCCGUCGCCCGCUACCUCUGGUACAUAGCAGUUCAUCUGGGAAGGCCUUCCACAAGAUAGAGACAGUAAAUGUCCGCACGAGACAGCCCUCAUUCCCUGAGGCAUGUCCCUGCUGACUGCCCCUCCAGCUGCCCUGCUGUCGGCUACCCGCAGCUGGUAUCACACUCUCUCCGGAGAUGGUCACACCGAAGAACAGCCUUUCUUAAGGACACUUUGCAUAUUCCAUGCUUUGCAACACGCCGGCCGCUCACGGCGACCCGCGGCCGCCCUCCCCGCGGGGCAGCCCCGGGCCGACCGGCAGAGGAAGCAGCGGAUUCCGCUGCCCGCCUUCCCUUUCCCUUUCCUCUUUCUCCGUCCCCCUUCCCCCUUCUCCUUCCGGGCAGCCGCGCAGCCGCAGCCGCGGCGCCGGGGCCGGAGCGCUCCGAGCCCCGCUGGUGCCGAGCCGGGCCCGGGCCCCGCCGGGGCCAUGGCGCGCUGCCCGCGCCGGGCGCUGGGCGCGGCGGGGCCGCUGCUGCCGCUGCUCUGCGCGCUGCUCCGCGCCGCCGCCGACACCAGCACCGGCCGGGGUUGGUUAAAAACUUAUGGCUACUUACUUCCAUCUGACAGCCAAAUGUCUCCCUUGCAGUCAGGAAAAGCUGUGCAGUCUGCAGUUGCCACUAUGCAACAGUUUUAUGGAAUCCCAGUAACAGGAGUUUUGGACCAGACAACUAUUGAGUGGAUGAAGAAGCCUCGAUGUGGAGUUCCGGAUCAUCCCCACCUACGUCGCAGCCGGAGGAAAAAGCGGUAUGCACUCACUGGCCAGAAGUGGAGACAGAAGCACAUAACCUACAGUGUACACAACUACACACCCAAGGUUGGAGAGAUUGAUACAAGGAGAGCCAUUCGUCAGGCCUUUGAUGUUUGGCAGAGAGUGACACCACUUACCUUUGAAGAGGUCCCUUACCAUGAAAUUAAAAAUGACAGAAAGGAGGCAGAUAUUAUGAUCUUUUUUGCUUCUGGUUUCCAUGGAGACAGUUCUCCUUUUGAUGGAGAAGGUGGAUUCCUGGCUCAUGCUUACUUUCCUGGACCGGGAAUUGGAGGAGACACUCACUUUGACUCAGAUGAGCCAUGGACCCUGGGAAAUUCUAAUCAUGAUGGGAACGAUCUCUUCCUGGUUGCUGUGCACGAGCUGGGGCAUGCGCUGGGUCUGGAGCACUCCAACGACCCCAGUGCUAUCAUGGCUCCUUUCUACCAGUACAUGGAAACACACAACUUCAAACUGCCCCAGGAUGACCUCCAGGGAAUUCAGAAAAUCUAUGGUCCUCCUAUAGAGCCCCUGGAGCCAACCAGGCCUUUACCCACUCUUCCUGUUCGCAGAAUUCACUCCACUUCGGAAAGAAAACACGAGAGACACCCACGACCUCCCAGUCCUCCCCUGGGUGAUAGGCCAGCUCUGCCUGGCUCCAAACCAAACAUCUGUGAUGGCAACUUUAACACUGUGGCUCUCUUUCGAGGAGAAAUGUUUGUUUUCAAGGAUCGCUGGUUCUGGCGUCUGCGCAACAACCGGGUGCAGGAGGGGUACCCCAUGCAGAUUGAGCAGUUCUGGAAGGGCCUCCCUGCAAAGAUCGACGCAGCCUACGAGCGCUCUGAUGGCAAAUUCGUUUUCUUCAAAGGAGAUAAGUACUGGGUUUUUAAGGAAGUGACGGCAGAGCCAGGCUACCCUCACAGCCUGGUGGAGCUGGGGAGCUGCCUGCCCCGGGAGGGCAUCGACACGGCGCUGCGCUGGGAGCCCGUGGGCAAAACCUACUUCUUCAAAGGGGACAGGUACUGGAGGUACAACGAGGACAAGAGAGCAACGGACCCAGGCUACCCAAAGCCCAUCACCGUGUGGAGAGGAAUCCCUCAGGCUCCUCAGGGGGCUUUCAUCAGCAAGGAAGGCUUUUACACCUACUUUUACAAAGGCAAGGAGUACUGGAAGUUCGAUAACCAGAGGCUGAGUGUGGAGCCAGGCUACCCCAGGUCGAUCCUGAAGGACUGGAUGGGCUGUAACCAGAAGGAAGUGGAGCGGAGCAAGGACCGGCGCCUCCCGCACGACGACGUGGAUAUCAUGGUGACAAUAAAUGACAUGCCCAGCACUGUCAAUGCCAUCGCAGUGGUGAUCCCCUGCAUCCUGUCUCUGUGUAUCCUUGUCCUGGUAUACACAAUCUUCCAGUUUAAAAACAAAGAGGUACAGCAAAAUGUUGUGUACUACAAAAGACCUGUCCAGGAAUGGGUAUGACACAGCCUGCUGCACAUUUCAACUCAUUGAGCUGAUGAGGACUAUGGACACACACAAAAGAGAGGAAAAAAAUGCAUUGAAAAGCCUACCAAACAAAGCUACUUCAGUGACCUACAAGUUUUGGACACCCUGGGAUGGAAAUAAGCAGGAAAACUGGAAAAAAUACAGGCAGGCAGCCUUGCAGUGUAGAGCCUCUUUCCUUUGUACUGCUUUGGUCACCUGCCAGUCACGGUGCCAUCCUCCGGCUCGCUCUGCCAGCACCAGAGUCUUCGAGACAGGUUUCAACUGAUCUGGGAAACUUCCUUCAGUUCCCUGCACCAGUGCUCCCUGUUAAACCCAGCAUUCUCCAGUGUAGCUAAACCACCUCUGAACAGAACCAUUUUUUUAAUAGCUGUCUCAUAAAUGAAUUAAGAUCAUGAAAUCUAUGAACAAUUUCAGUGUCAUAAGCAGAAGACAUUCUGAUGCUGAAUCAUUCUAAAAAAUCUUCUUAGUUUAUUAAAAAAUCCAGGGAUGUACCUGGAUAUGAUUUUCCAAUACCUGCUGGUCAGAUGUUUUGUACAUUCAUAACUAAUCAAUGCUGCCACUCAGCACAGUGCACGAGGAACCACCAAGCACUCAAAGAGGUACCAGAGUGCGGAGCAGAAGCUCGAGAAGCGCCAAACCAGACACCUGGCAACAUCAAGCCCUAACCUGGGACAAUCUGAAGACAAAGUAAUCGGGUCUUAAAAAAAAACCAAACAAACCAAUCAUGGUUUUUGUUUUGGGAGCCAGUCAUGAAAGAAAUAUUGAAAUGUCAUGUAAGUUGGUUUAAGCUCCCGCCAGCAAGAACCCAGGAACCAUUGGUUACCAAAAUACGGGGAAUGUGUAUAGACAGACUGCACUCUGCCCGUGCAGACACUGGGGAAAGAUGAGUUGUUGUUCCAUGGCAUGUGUAACUAGAUUGUGGAAUUUGUACGUUGGGUUUCAGGAGAAUGGAAAUGUUUGUUUGGAGUGAGGUCGUCAUUAUAUUUUGCUGAAAUAAUCAAGGUUUGGUAAGACUUAGGCCUGUUUAUAAAACUAAAUCCAACCCCUGUAGAUGUUACAAACAUUGUAUGCCUUCAGAAUUUGGGGGUUUGUUUUGCCCACUUCUUCACAGGCAAAUAUUUGGCAAGGACCAAAGGAAGCAUGCCACAGAGUAGAAUGAGUUUACCAUGUUUGACAGAGCCAUAAAAAUCAGGUAAAGGCAAGAAAAAUACCUUAACUUUCAGCUAGUGACUUUCCACAGAUCUCUUCCUACAACAGUAGCUUCUGCUUGUCCCUUUUACAGUUGUGAGUGGUUCAGGACAUUGUGCCCUAGCCACAAACUUUUGAUUUUCAUGUUGAUGCUGAUAUUUUUACCAUGUUGAAUAAGAGUAGAAGAGCCUUUUGCAGUGCAGUGUAAUGGUGAAGUCCAGCACUGUACAGAAGUGCCAUCCAUGUCAGCACAGGAAUUGCUUUGCCCGCUCACCAUGGGGGACAGGUGAUUAACCUAAACCCUCUGCCUAUAACUGAAUUUUAUUGAGUGCAAUGAAGUGCAAUGCACAGAAUGUCCACUUAGUAUAGGAAAAGUACAGCUUUGUAAUGUCAGCUCUGAAAAAAAAAAACCCCAAGGACAACAAACACGCUAAAAGUAUUCCUAAUUACAAUGAGGAACAAAGCAGCAGAGAGAUCGUUAGCAUUCUGGAUUGCUAAUUAGUGCUCAAAUAUUGCUCUGGUGAAGCAGGAUAGACACUUAGAUUUGUCUGGUGAAGCCCGCUAGGACUGCAUUAACAUGUGGUCUCAAACUGUAUUUUGUCCUUCAUAACUGAUUUCCAUAGCCAAGCUGUUUAUUGUGUUUAAACUAUUACCAACAUAUUACAAAGUAAGUGAGAAGCUCGUAGAUGCAAAACUUUGAACUGUAGUGACAAAACGUGCUAACGUCUUAUGAUGAGUGAAGGAGUGCGAAGGACCAAACGAAAUCAGAGCUCCUGAUCAGACACCCCCACGCUACUCCGCGUUGCUCUGUGUACCAGAGGUGUGGUGGGACUCACCACGGCCACCUGGCACCUCGGUCUCAUCUGUACGCUGCCAUCUCGCCGGGACUGCGACAGCCCAAACCUUUGAGCAACUUCCAACAGCCAUCAUUAAAAAAAAAAUUAUAAAAAAAUUUACAAC